UAUUGGUGUGUCUUUACUUUAACGUGUGGGAAUUAUAAUCUGACAUCCACAGAAACUUUUGCAAAAGAAUAUCUGGUAUCACAAGUUCUCCGUCUUGUGUCGAUGGUCUUGAGGAGAAAAGUCAGUUUUCACAAACCUCAAUCAUCAGCACAAGUGGACACAAGGUUUAGCACUGAAUCGCACAAAUGUUAGUCCAAAAAUAACAAAGUACAAAUCUGAUAUGUGAGGUUCCUUCAUGACCCUGACUCUCCUCCUCCUCCAUGUUCUUUUAACCCUCUUGCUCCAUGCUCCUCCUUUCGAGAUGCAGUAUCACCUGUUAUGGUGAUACUGCAUCUCAACAGUUACACACACAAAGGGUUUUCUGAUUGGUCAAAUUCCAAAAUAUAGCUCAUCACCAGGCCAGUUACUAAGACAGCACCUAAUUACCCGAGCUGCCCGUCCUUAUCAGGAGAGUUUCCUCCUGCACUCUGGUGCUGCAGCGUACCUCCACCCUCAGUAACCUUGACAGAUAACGAAGAGUCUGCAGGUCAACGUGAUCUGUCUCUUCUCCACCUUGACUAAAUGUAUCCUUUGCUUUAUUGAAAAUAUCUCAAUUAAAUGAGAACCAGUUUCCUUCAACACCAGGGUUACUGUGAGGUUGUAUCCAACGUUACCUUUCUUUAAAUGAGUAAAGAAAAAACAGGUCAUCAAAAGUAAUGAAUCUGUUUUCUGACAGUUGUUCACUAUCAUAGAAAACUAGGAAACAAAUUAAAUUACUAUUUGAGGAGUUGGUACGAGUGAAUACUUAAUUUUAAACAAUGUAAGUUGUGGCCAAAGUGUAAUUUUAAAACAUUUUGACUUUUUGGUUCUGAACACUAAAGCUUUGUUGACAAUUAAAUUAGGCUUUUGUUGAAAUUUCUAUAGAAAGCUGCUUAUUUUAAGUAUUAUAUUCUAAUACUGCACUAUACAGUAUAAUAUGAACUUCAGCGGGUCCUCAAAUAUCUGAUUAACUCUAACCUCGGGUUAAUUUAUACAGAGAAAGUGGUUUUCAGUUGACUUUUACACCAAUUCUUUACUUUUCCUAAUAAAUCAAGGAGUGUAAAAAAGUCCCAUUGCCUUAAACUCAACCAUUCAACCCAAAAUACAAGAAUAUGUGGUGUUAAAAACUUACCUGGCAGUGUAAAGCAUAUCUACAACUGUAUUAUAUAAGUUGCAUAAAGAUAUAUUGAAUCGGUAAGAUUAUUAUUAUUCAAAACUGUAAAAAGAUCAAUUUACUCACUGAUGUUUAAUUUUUUAAGUCAUGAUAUGAGCAGUUACUCACCUCGGUGUCUUCAAGCAAAGAUUCAAUAUAUUCAUGGAAGUUAAUAAGAUUUGUUUUCUCCUGCGUGAGGGAUGAUGAUGAAAUGUUUCUCUGUAGCAUGUAAACAAGAUUAUUCAGACUGGGAUUCAUUCACUUCACUAAACUGCAGUAAACAGGAGUCUCCACGGGCACUGGGAUCUCUCUCGAGUCACUUUAUGUUGCCAAAUGUGUUUUUUGUUGUUCUGUAAAGUCAAAUAAACGAUUUAUCUGCAUUGACAAAGUUGGGAGGAGGUUGGAUGUUUUUUAUUCUAAGACAGAUAAAGUGAGGAUCAGGGUUUGGGGGGCGUGUUCUGCCGAGGCUAUGAAACUCAAGACAAGUUUAGAAAACCCCUCAGUGGGUCAUUCAUAAAGCCACUGAAGACAGAAACAAGAGUCUGACUGGAUGAAAAUCUCUUGUGAGGAGUUUGAAUCGACAACAGCUUCCACGAUGAGGACACAAUCAGUGCUGAUCCCUGCAGCAGUUGUGUUGCUGCUGCUCAACCCACCGAGCUGCACAGAUGCUUCGACCUUCCAAGGCGCUUUACCGCAUUCAAACAAAUACAACCCAAACGACUCGGAGAGAUGCAUCCAACCCGCCAUCGGAGGACUCAUAUCCCGCGGGCCGGGACCCGUGACCUCCACCGACGAGGUGCUGGAGUCCAGUCAGGAGGCGCUACACGUCACGGAGCGCCGGUACCUGCGGCUGGACUGGUGCAAGACGCAGCCGCUGAAGCAGACCAUCCGGGAGGACGGCUGCCUGAGCCGCACCAUCAUCAACCGCUUCUGCUACGGACAGUGCAACUCCUUCUACAUCCCGCGGCACGUGUACCAGGACGGCAUCGCGUUCGAGUCCUGCUCCGCCUGCAAACCCAAGACCUUCAGCACCGUCACGUACACGCUCUUCUGUCCGGGACUGACACCGAGCACCAGGAAGAAACGGGUGCAGCGCGUCAAGCAGUGCCGCUGCACCACCAUCGAUACGGAUUAGAUGGAGACGAUCUUCAUUGGGAGACAAGUCGCUUCUGCACGAUGAGAAAAGAGUGAUGAGGAAUUAAACUGAGCCGUUGUUAUAAUGGAGACUUGGAUAAUCACCAAUGUGCCACUUAUUUUGCUGAUAUGAUAAACACAAGUGGUCUUUUUAUGUGUGUAAACAGAAUUAGAGAUACUGUGUCCACAAGAGAGUGAGUUGGAGUCAGAUUCUUUAUUUCUUCAGGCUGGUGGAUGUGCAAGACAGAGCAGGAAAAGAUGGACGAGUCUCUGAGAGGACUUGGGUUCAUUAUUUCCACUGUGUGGGAUCCAAAGUCAAACGCUUCCAUU